AUGGCCGGAAUCCCGGGCGGGAGGCGUGGUUCUGAUGGCAGCGACGGCAUCCGCGGCCCCGGCAUCGAGAUGGUCGGCGAAGUGGUUCUCGUCUGCGUUCUCUCACGCACCUGGACCGGCGACUUUCCCCAGGCGCGGCGGAGUUCGCGAGUGAGCGCGCGGAGAGCGGCGUGGGGAGCGGCGCGGGGCGGAGCUGGAACCAGCGACUGCGGUUGCAGCGGAUUCCAGACGCCGGUGGAAGCUGUGGAGGUGAUGGAGGCGAAGGAGGGGGGCGACGGAGGAGGCGGGGGUGGGCGUAUUAGCCUUGGAAGAGAAGCGCCUCCCCGCCCGUGCUUCACCGCUUCGCCCCCGCUCCUUGCAUUCCUUCCAGGGCACUCGAGUUACACGACCUUCGAAUACGAAAUGUUGGGGCACGCUCGAGAUACGUACGUGACCAACGGCCCACCAGACAUUAGUCGCAGAAGAUAUUUCUUCAGUAGGUGA